CGAGCACGUCGCGGCGCGUGCAUGGUGCAGGUGCAUCGCGGAGCACGAUCGAAUGCACGUUCGGUCGAUGUCCAUUCGUCGCGGAGGUUAUGUUUCCUAAUCCCGUGUGUACACUGUGAAAUCGGUAGUUAGUCAAACUGGCUCGAUUCCACGAACCCGCGUCUCCCGUGUCGCGCGGGCGAACGCGACGCCCGUCGUCGUCUACCGUGGCGGCGUGCAGCGACGGGGGCCGUGACGUAAGUGCGAUUUUGUGUGUGGGAGCGAGUCAUGUGCGAAUUUGAAGCAUGGUUGUCACGCAACGCAAGAUGAAGCAGGUCGCGAUCUUCGCGGUUUGUGUGCUGCUGGUUCUAGGCUUUUACAAAACUCUAGUAACUACAGAAGAGGAACAAUCUUUUAACCGUGGUCGACAUCGCGUCAUACUCAGUGAGAAUAAAGUUGGCUUGGACGACAAGAAUGAAAUCACCGAGCCAUCCGAUGGAGACAUCAAGGACAUCGAGGAGGCGAAGGUUCGAAUCCGCGAGCUGGAGGGUAAGCUCCAGCAUUUGGAGGCGGCGAUUAAGAACGGGGUAGCAAAGGAUUUCCCGACGGUGAAAUUCUUGAACUAUAAGAACCGGAAACGAAUACUGGUAACGGGAGGCGCGGGUUUCGUCGGUUCCCACUUGGUCGACCGUCUGAUGCUCGCCGGACACGAAGUAAUAGUCGUCGACAAUUUCUUCACCGGUAGAAAGCGAAAUGUGGAGCAUUGGGUCGGUCAUGAGAACUUCGAGUUGGUGCACCACGAUAUCGUGAGGCCGUUGUACCUGGAGGUCGAUGAGAUCUAUCAUCUCGCUAGUCCAGCCAGUCCACCGCACUACAUGUUAAAUCCCGUGAAAACGAUCAAGACGAAUACUUUGGGCACAAUAAAUAUGCUUGGACUUGCAAAACGAGUUGGUGCACGAGUAUUAAUUGCGAGCACGUCGGAAGUGUACGGAGAUCCUAACGAGCAUCCGCAGUCCGAAACUUAUUGGGGUCACGUCAAUCCCAUCGGUCCGCGGGCAUGCUAUGACGAAGGAAAACGGGUUGCUGAGACAUUAAGCUACGCUUACAUGAGACAAGAAGGAGUCUCUGUCCGAGUUGCACGAAUUUUCAACACUUUUGGCCCGCGAAUGCAUAUGAAUGACGGUCGCGUCGUCUCAAAUUUUAUCCUACAGGCUUUACAAAAUAAUUCGAUUACGAUUUAUGGCAGUGGAAAACAGACGCGAUCAUUUCAAUACGUAUCUGAUUUAGUAGACGGAUUGGUAGCAUUAAUGGCAUCAAAUUACACAUUACCUGUGAAUAUUGGAAAUCCUGUGGAGCAUACAAUCGAAAAAUUUGCAAGUAUAAUAAAAAACUUAGUGGGUGCUACCAGUGAAAUAGUUGAACUCGCGGCGGUUGAAGAUGAUCCGCAGAGAAGAAGACCAGACAUCACUAGAGCAAAAAAAUAUUUAAAUUGGGAGCCCAAGGUUCCUUUGGCUGAAGGUCUGAAGAAAACCAUAGUGUAUUUCGCGAAGGAAUUACAAAGGACUAAGCAUUCUCAAAAAAACAGUUUUAAACAGUCUUCUUACAAAAAUGAUCAUGAUAUUGUAGAACAAUUAUAGAAAUUUAAGUGUAAUGAUACGAUUAAUGUAUCCACUUUCAGAAGUGGCGUGAAAGUGCCAUUAAGCUAUGGACCAGUACGUGCCAAAAAACUCCCCGUCCAAUUUAAAUUUUAUGUAAUUUACAUAGCACACACACAAAAUAUGCGAUUAUUUAAAAUCAAUCUCGCAAAUUUCUUACAAUCAGAUACAUAUGUUACAUUCUUUGUAAAAGCAAUAAUUUAAAAUACUCUUUUAUAUUUUUCCAUGACUUCCUUUCCAUAGCUCUCAUUCUUUUUAUUAUUUUUAAUUCUAAAUAUAUUUAAAAAUGCAUAUAUAUUGAUAAUACAUAAAUAUAGUUUAUGUGAUAUAUUAAUAUAUUUUAUACUACAUAUAUGUAGUAUAAAAUAUAUUAAUAUGUGUGUAUAUAUAUAUUUAUUUUUCUUUUAUUACUGCAAAGAAACGAUGUAUCUGUUCGUAAUAUCUGUACAUUACUUACAUUUCAUAUUUAUGUGUAUCCAUACAUAUAAUUCUUCUUUGAAGCAGAACUGAAAAAUGGUGCUGGUGAUAUAAAAAAAAAUUGUUUCCUUCUUUUUAUUUAUAUUAUUGACUGCGUAUUAGCUUGGACAAGAAAAGUAAUUUUGCUUAGAUAUAUAUAAAAUAAUAUAUUUUAAUUGAAUUGUACAAGAACUUAAUAUUUCAUUACUGUUAUAAUUGAAUAAUUUAGUAAUAUACUUUAAGAUUUUAUUGCAAGUACAUUUUCGAUAAUGUCAUUAUUAUGACUAUAAUAAAUGAAUUAAAAGCAAACAGCAUAUUUCCUAGCUAUAUAUAUAUAUAUAUAUAGAGAGAGAGAGAGAGAUUCUUGUACAAUGCAAUUAAAACAAAUGGUUUCCAAUGUCGACAAAAUAGUAUUUGUAAUUUACAUGAAAGAAAGAAUAACAAGAGAAAGUGUAAGGUUUUUUUUAGAUGGGGGGGGGGAGGUGUAGCUAGAAAAUAUAAUGGUUAUCCACAGUAAUAUAGCAUUCUAUACAGCUUUCUCUCUAUCUCUCUUUUUUAGUAGUGCACACUAAUAUCAUGGUGUAAGGAUACUUACAGUGUGGAUACCUUAUAGUGUAAGGUAUCCUUACACCAUGACUAAUAUGGUGUCUAUAGCGUUCCCCGUGUCUGCUUAGCCACGUUGCGGAGUAUAUUCUUUCUCCUGUUAUUCUUUUCUUUAUGAUAAUUUAUAUUAUUAUAAUUAUACAUAAAAUAUAGUAUGAUUAUACACUGUGAGACUGUAAUAACAACGUAUAAGCGAGAAAGUAAUUUUAUAUUUUAUAUAUAAGAGUGUAACAAAAUUUAUCUUUACGCGAUAAUGUACUCUUUACAACGUAAUUUAUAUAAUGUGAUUCAUUCUUAUAUAUAUUAUCACGAUUGAAAAUUAUGAAAUACGUAUCAGUUUAAAUGCGACAAAUUCUUUUCUUAUGAAAUUACAAAUAAAAUUGCUAUAUGAAAUGUGUAAAUAAAAAUAUACAUGAAUAAAA